CCGCUCCUCCGCAGUGCACUUGCAGCUGAGCAGCUCUCCGGACAGGACCGUCUCUUCCUCCUCCUCCUCCUCCACCUCCUCUCCUUUAUAUCACUUCUGCGUGUGCGCUGGCCAGAGUAACAGCGGCGCUGCUGGGAGGCUGCGGAGUCUCUUCCAUCCGACUCCACGGUGCGGAGGUUUCCCGGACAGACGCGCGACGGUGCGGACUCUUAAUCCCAAUCCGACAACAAUCCGUGCCUCUGGAAUUAAGAUGAGCGCUUCUGCCGCACGGCUCUCCUCCACAUAGCGCCGCAUUUCCCUGCUCCAGAUCCGUUUCAUGCGACUCCUGCGUACGAAGAAGGAUGACUGCUACCUUACCGCUGGUGAUUCUGUGCGCCUUGGCGACGUUAGCGCUGGCGUCCAAGACGGAGCGGGCGCUGAACGUUGAAUGCGACUCUGGCCAGUUCACCACCAGCGGGGAAUGCUGCAUGGAGUGUCCACCUGGAGAGGGCGUGGUGAAGGAAUGUGGCGCCGCUCAGACUGUCUGCGCUCAGUGUUUGGACAGUGAGACCUACUCGGAGAACUACAGCCACACGGAGAAGUGCAAGCCGUGCACCCAGUGUACCGGCCUGAUGCGGAUGGAGACUCCCUGCACCGACUCCAACGACGCCAAAUGCGUCUGCAAGUACAACUUCUACUUCAACAGCGUCUCUGGACGAUGUGAGCCGUGCACUGUGUGCCCGCUGGGACAGGGUGUUUACUCGCACUGCGAUGCUUACCACGACACCAUAUGUGAGGAGUGCGUGGACGAGACGUUUUCUGACCGGGAGAGCUACCUGGAACCCUGUUUACCCUGCACCAUCUGUGAGGAAGACAUCGAGACUCAGCUGGCUGAGUGCACGCCCAUCAGUGACUCCGUCUGCCACAACCCAAACAUGCCUACAGACUUCCCAAUCACAAACAGUGAAGCAUCGAAUUUUCCCGAUUACCCCGACCCGGAUGGCUCGAUCAGCCCGUUCCCGAGCGGAGAGACGACCACAUUAAGCAGCGGCGCUCCUCACUUUCUCGGCCGGGGCUUCAACGAAAACCUCAUCCCGAUUUACUGCUCAAUCCUGGCUGCUGGUGUGGUCGGCCUGGUGGCAUACUUCGUGUUUAAGAGGUGGAAUAGCUGCAAGCAAAACAAGCAGCCAGCUAAUAACCGUGCGGCUACAAACAACCAGAUGGUAACACCGGAGGGAGAGAAGCUGCACAGCGACAGCGGCAUCUCAGUCGACACUCAGAGUCUGCAGGACCAGCAGCAGCAGCAGCAGCACGCACAGGCUGAAGCCCAGCCUCAGCCGUCACGCUCACACACACAGGAGCAAAUAGUGGUGAGGGUAGAUGGAAGCCCCCAGCCCGACUCGCCUCCACCCGAAGUCUAAGGAAGAAGAGGAGGACGAAUUGGCAGGGAACAGAAGGAAGGGGGUGCCACGCAGAGAAUGUAAAAACAAGACAUUGAUUCAUAAUUCAAGUGGCCACAGAAAAACGUACACAACCCUCCAGUAUGCUUGGGGCAGCCGACAGAGACUCUUCGUCCCUGCAUGUGGAGUCAAACUCUGUCUUAUAGCGUGCCUGGACCCUCAAUCUAUGGCAAUAUCAAACAAGAAGACGUAUAACGACAUGCAACAUAGUUUUUAGGAGCUGUCAGUUUAACCUGUACUUCUCUUUCAACGUCUCAGUUUUUAAUUCCAUGUUUAUGCUUUUUUUUAGUAUUAUUUUUCUUUAUUUGGAGGGCAUUUUUUCCCCUCCUGUCUUUCUCUGUUGGCAUCAGAGAUACAAAAACAGCAGGGGUGCCAUGAGCAAUUCCCAGCUUUUUCUGGAAUUUCUUCCUUCCCUUUCAUUUAAUGACCAACGUUAAUGUCAUUGUUUGAGAACGGCUGCAAGAAUUCAUCCUAGUGACUCAUGUUUUGAUGAGACUGCUCAGUAAUUAACUCUUUUUGUGUUUUUGAAUAAUUAGCUGGCUCUUCCUGUGUGCAACAGACAUAAACUCCCUCUCUAGCAGUGCCUCCAGGGAUUGUAUUUCAGCAGCUUCAUGUUCAUAAUGUUUGUCUCAUGUUUGUGUUUGUGCGGUUCUUUCAUUUCGAGGCUUAAGUUACACGACCGAAUCAGCAGGCUGCCUUCGCUGGAUGUGCAACGUGAGAGGAACAUCUCUGGACUCAGCGCCGCUGCUGACUCACCGCGAUGAGUCGUCUGAAGGGAACCGGGGGAGAGGGGGGGAUUCAUUUACGGAGCCAAAAAACAAACAAGCAAACAAAACAGGAUCACGACUGCUAAUUAAACUACUUAAAUGAGUUUGGGACUGGAAAAAAAAAUAAAAUCUGCAGGAGGAAUCCCAUCCACAAUCAUUCUUCGGUGAAAUUGGGACAGCCCUCAGAGGAAGCCGGCACUUCCACCUCCACAAGCUCACUCCUACCGUAAAACACACAGCCUUUCUUACACGAGGCUUACCUGGGAGGCGGGUAGUAAUUACCUCAGGGUUUUAGCUUCAUUUACCCUCUGCUUGCAACACAGUUCCUGCUGAAGCCUCAGUGUGACAUCAUAUUUUCAUUUUCCAAGGCAGAACCACCCGACAUUCACUGCAUUUCCCAGUUGAAAUCAAGCACUUAAGCAUAGGCUUACAUCUCAGGCCUGGUGGCAUUUUUUUUUAUGGAAUGCCCCUUUAAUGUGCCCCUUCCUGCUGCUUGAAGCGAAGUGAGCUUAAAUACCAUGUAAAGGACACAUACUGUAGCCGAGCUUGACUGCAUUCAUUGCUUACAGUGGCACAUAGAUUCUCAGGAUUUAACUUGUUGUAGUAUAACUGAGAUUAAAUGAGUAUUUAAACAAUUUAAAAUGAACAGUAGCUUAAUACUUUGAUUUGGUUGUUUACAUCCUGUUGAUGUUAUCAGUGCAAAUUGUUGGCUUAUAUCUGGGUAGUGAACCAGAUUCUUGCCCGUUCAACUAGCACCAGUAGUUUAAAAUAAUGUGUUAUAUGAGCACUUCGUUAAGGGGAGACGGGUUAUUGUUUACAAUGAGGUGGAAGCUAAUGCUGCAUUCACGCCAAACACGUUUGAGCAUCAGGCACGUCUGGUUUAUGUUCAAAGCCUAUGUGGACGUUUCACGCGUCUAGGAAAAUCUGAACUUUCACUGCACUACGCGGCGCAUCAACCAAUCAGAGAGACUCUGCUAUGUGACAUAACGGCCUGUAGUUGGUGUCCUGUCAGGAGGCACUGAUGCCGAUUAGCUGGUCGUCAAAAACUGGGCUCAAGUGAGAUGAAAACAUUGCUGAUAAGUGACCGUCGUCAGCGCCCAGCUAGCUUGUGAAAACUUACAACUCACAUUCUGUUGAUUUCAAUAAAUGAAACCUAGACAGCGUUUCAUCUGCCGUUGUUCAAAGUAAGAAAGGGGAAAAAAUUUCAAGAAGCUCCAACGUGCAUUGUGCCGUCACUGUUUUUUGUUCAAUAGAAACUGAACGCAAAAUGUCCGUCAUCUGAGCCUCCGCUAUGACUGCAGAAGCUUUCACUACAUAAUAAAUUGGUGUUACUCUCUCAGUUUCAUUCGCCAUUGUACAAACAGACCUGCAACGGAAACCAACGGCUCGUCCUAAAUCAGGUCUAGCGCGAUUUUGAUGUGCGUCCAUAUAGACUCUGAAUGUAUCCAGACGAGGCUGACGCUCAAAUCGCUUUUGUUGUGAACGCAGCAUUUGCGUCAAGCGUUUGACUUCAAAGCUGCUGAAGCCAGAGGCGUUUUUGACGAGCAAUGCGUGUUCGGUCUGAACGCAGCAUCAAGGCCAAAAGUGCAUGCGCGUUUGACGAUGAGCUAACGCCACAGCGCCAUCUAGUGGCCUGGCAUGACAACUACAGCUGACUCGAGGUGCGCAAGAGGAAAAUUUCCCCAAUUAACAAUGGAAAAUACCGGCAGUUUCCAGGCAAUGGUCUUAUGUAAAUGUAGCCUUAUUGGCCAUUUACUAUAAAAUCUUGGUUGUUCACAAUCAAUUAGCCAUGAUGCUAGCGGACUGCAAAAUGGAACGUGGCAAUUAAGCUAAAUCAAAAGAACCAGCUGAUGGAAAAGUAGAACAAAAAAUGAAGUUUAAAAAAAAAAAAAAACUAAUUUAGUUACCAUUUUGGGAAUUGCUUCACUCCAACUAGCCUUUUGCUUGAAUUACCACAAAGGUUAUUCCCGGUUUCUUGACACAACCUCUUCAGACGACAAACUGUCCGUCUAAUUUUUGUCAAAGUUUUGUGAAAAACUAUUUACCCUUUUAAGAUUUCCUCUGUUUUUGCCAACAGUUCAAUUUCACUUCCAAAGUAAUCCCUCAAAUAUAAUCUGCCAGACAAAAGAAAUAAAAAGAUAUUUUCUCUUUUUGACAAUCUGGAACACUUAAUCUGGAAUUACCCAAAUGUGAGAAAAAUGUAAAAAAGACAUCUGUGAGGGCACGGAUACAUUUUCACUGCAGUUUGAAUGCAUAAAGCUCAGAAAAUAUUGCGUUGCCCUGCCUAAACCCUGUAGCUUUAAUGCAUAUUUAUUUAACAAAGAGACAAAAAUAGUAAAAAUCAUUCGGUACUGACAUUAUUCCCAAUUUUUCUUUUUUUUUAAUGAAAAAUGUCUGGCUUGCUAAGUUGAACAAGUUACAGUAAUGUUUACUUUGUUUACUAUGCUGGUGAGGAGAGCAGGUUUCAGAUAACCUAUGUAUCAAAAGAAUGUGUGCCUGUCUGUAUUUUUAGGUAGGAAAAAAUGUUUUAUUGCAUUAGAAUAUAAGACAUGAAUGAAUAAUCUGAUCAGAUGACAGUUGGUGGAUUGGCAUAGAUUUGUCUAGAAAUAACCAGAUUGCAAGUGUUAGAGAGUUUCACACUGAUUUAUUAUUUUUUUUCUAACUAACAACACAUUUUGCUUAGGGAGUCACUUUUCAACAAUAUCCGAGAGGUAUCAGUUUUGUCAUUUUAUUCUCAGCAAGAGUGUGAAUUCAGACAAAACCUUUAAGGAAACAAAAGAUGUUUUUUUUAGCUUGUUAGCGGCGCUUUUAGAGUUUAGUGAUAGAUAGGAAAUGUCUCGCUGAGGGAAGAAAACAGUGAAAAUGACUCAUUACGUCCUGUGUGGCUCUGCAUGGAUCAAUCACUCGGCCACAAACACCCCAAGACAAUUAAACUUUCUGGUCGCCUCACUUUUGAUUCAUGAAUCAGUGCAGUGUAAUAAAUGAAAGCAAACAAAAGUCUGCUGUAGUUUGCAGCUCUGUAGCAGAUGUUGGUGUGAACACGUAACCACACACACACACACACACACACACACACACACACACAGAAGUGUAUGAUUCACUCCUCUAUUGAGAGCUGGAGUGAUUCAUCCUGAUCCUGCAUGAGGGACUGACAUUAAAGCAGACUUCGCUACACUUGGUAUGAAAGACCAGAAAGUUGAUUUAAAGGAAAAAAAACACAUUUUCUUCAUCUCCAUCCCCCCGCUGAGGUUCCAUCAGCCCUCCAGCAGUGCCCUCAUCCUGCCAUAAAGCUGACGUAUUCCCUUCUCCAACAGAUUGAGACACUUUGUGAGAAUGUACAGCCUGGGUAGAAACAGAAAAAUAUGCAAGACAUGUUCCAAGGAAUAGUUUUCAUUAGGGAUGCCCGAUAUUAUCAGCAUGGCAUCGUAUCGGCCGAUAUUAGCGGUAAAUCAAAAAUAACUCACCAAUAUAAAGGUGUUGUUUUAAUAGAGCAAAUGAAUAAAUUUGAUGGUAAACAUACUGCAAGUUGAAAGUGUUGAAUCAUUUUCAGUCUCUAUUUCUAGCAUUUGCAUUUGGUAGCAGGCUAAAUUGACAAAGAUAAUACAGUAUUUUAAUUCCACAGUAGAGAAAGCCGUAUAGUUUCAGUAAGUAGGUAUCGGGAAAAAAAAAAAAUAUCGGUAUUGGUAUCAAAUGAGUUUUAGCAUAUCGGCAUAUUGAACAAAAAUCCAAUAUCGUGCAUCCCUAGAUUAUCAUGUUUGGCCCAUUUCUGCAGGUCUGAAUUGUUUUUCUCCUGACAUUUCCACUUUAUCAGUAGUACCACCAUCUUGAAUAAGCAUUUUUUUUCUAAGUGAGCACUUAUUAGAUAUAAUAUGAUUGCACUCAAAGAGUGUACCACAGUUCAAGUGCCUGUGUACAGUGUCUAACGUUUUUUGAGUUCAGAUGUUUUAACUGUUACUUAUGUUUUUAUUUUGCAUCUUUUUUCCAUUUGUGUUUUUUAUGUGCUUUCUUUUAUAUAUUUUAGAACUAAUGAAGGAUUUUCAUGAACUGAAGUCACAAACAUGGAGCCUUGGAGACUCACGAAAACUGUAAAAACUUGGCACCAUUAUAGAGACUUACAUUACAAACAGGUUGCCAAUGAACACAUACUGUAUGUUAAUAUGAUGUAUUAGGGUCAUGUAGCAUUUUGAAAGCUUAAACAUGUUGCCAGGUACUUUCACAAGGCUGUUUGUCAACAGAAAUGAGCGCUACUGUACAGAUUUAAUGCAUGUACAGUAGUUUUAUCAAGUACCUCCAUUAUAGAGGCAUCAAGAUAUGUAAUCUUCAGCAUAGUGAUGUCUGUGGGGAGGCUCACUGUGAAUCUCUGAGAUUUUAAUACUUGAUACAAACACAUCAGGACUUGGUCCCCCCCCUCCCAAAAAAACGCUGAAUGUCCUAUGUAGUUACCUACUAAUGUAAAAUGCAUUGUGUAAAUGUGAAUUUCUUAGAGUUGAUACGAGAUAGAAAAACAUGCUUUAAAUAAAACGGAAAAAAAACUGAAAUGUGUGCAACAGUAAUAAAAUCACAAUAAAAAGA